UGGCCAUGUGCAGACAACGUUUUUAGUGGGUAGUGUGUCAGUUUUUUUUUUUGGAAAAACGCAUGGGGGAAUCGUUUUCUCUUUUCUCCCUGAAAAUCAUCCUAGCACUUCCACGGAUGGUAGUUCCAAGAGUGAAGCUACGAUAUGGAUUUUGCACAGUCUAUCCUCCAGAAAUACGGAUGGAGCGAAGGUCAGGGAUUGGGAAAGCACAAUUCGGGCAUCGCAAAGCCACUGAAGGCAAAUCUCAAGUUCGACACGAGUGGCCUGGGUCACGAUGGAAGUGCUGAGUUCAAGAAUCACUGGUGGGAAAAUGCCUAUAACAGUGCAGCGUCCAACUUGGACGUAAAGACUGACGGUGAUUCCGUCAAGAUGGAGCUCAAGGAUGGGGAAUCUAUUAAGAUCUCCACGUCUGGGUAUACCAAGCCCAAUCAGAAUGACGACACCAAGUCUUCCAGGUAUGGGAAUUUCGUAAAAUGCGCUACACUAACUUCAGAAGGACAAGAGGAUCGCGUAGAGGAUGAAAACGCAGAUGCUUUUCCGGAAUAUACUCCUCUGCCCAUGCCACUCACCGAUGAGGAGUUGUUUAAUGCCUGUGGGGGUCGUACGGCACACAAAGGGGCACGCCAUGGACUAACAUUAUCCGGGAAGCUCUCUCGACUCGCUCAGCAGGAUAACUUACUGUUGCAGAAAAUGGGCGAAGACAAGAAAGAUACCGCAGGGGAGUACAGUGAGUGGCAGCGGAAGGUGAAUAAAAAGAAGAAACGCCGUCCAAUUGCAGCACCAACACCUCAUGGCAGCCCCGAAGCGGCAUCAGAUGAGCUGCAAGAUCUGCUGUAUCUCAAUGAAUAUCUUGAAUCGCCAGCUGCGAGGAGGCGAGAGGGAAAAGUGGAUAGGGAAUUGUCGGAGGCGACUGAGAAGAUUGAUUUGUCAGCGUCACUGCCGAAGCAGAAUCUACUGAAGAUGAGCACGAAAUCUCAUGAGAUCCAGAAGAAGCACAAGAAGGACAAGAAGAAGAGGCAUGGAGAGGUUGAGGAGAGUAUGAGUGAGUUGCUGAAUGAGUUCCGGGAAACGCUGAAGAGUCGUAUGCGCAUGGAGAAGAAUGAGGAGCGAAGGGCUAGGAAGCGUGAGAAGAAAGCCAAGAGAAGGAGGGAAAUGGAUGGAGAAAUAAGUGGAGAUUAUUUGGAAUCGAGUAAUUCGACGGAUACCUUUGCUGGUGACUCGAGUCGUGGUCACAAGAGACUUAGGGUAGUGACUGAAGAUCCCCUGGUGGAUAGGGGUGUCUUUGAGACGAGCACGGGAAUUCAGGUGGAACUUGAUGAUCCAACACCGGAACAUAGGCGCGAAAAAAGGUGCUCAACGUCAUCCAGGAAGAGUUCAACGAGGAAGAACAUUCGUCGGAUAACGGACAGAUUCGCAAGGUCACUCACCACGAAAGAGCCCAGCGAUGAUGAGGGAAUCGAUCCCUGAUCAAUCAUCAAACACUUCCUCGCCAUCCCGCAAAGGUGUGGAUGAGAAACAUUAGGGAAAAUUUGGGUGCAAUUCGGCGUAGAAAGUUUUAUUUUGUCCAAAUGACAAAAAAUUUAUUUUAUUUCCAUUUUUAUUUUCUUGGUCUUUCAACCAAUUCAAAGAUAAAAUUUUUACUCCGAAUUGCAGCCUUUGUUGUGUUCGUGGAACGUUUUUAUCUUAUCUUUUCUCUCAAGUUUUUUUUUCGCAAAAAAAAAAAUAAACAUUGUACAGAAUAGUUUGGGAUUUAAGGGAUUUGUAAAAGUGAAAAAUAUUGAAUGAAAAAUAGCGAUAGAUAAAGUUUACACACGUAAGAAAAUAAAAGAAAAAUAGAAAUAGCCAAAA